UUUUUCCCAUUGGGUUAUCAAAUACUUUAGAAUCAAGAAAGUCAGCGCCUGCUUAAAUUUUCUUCUUCUUGUAUUUGCUUAUUCAAGAAAUUUUCUUGUUUGUGAAGGGGUUUUGUGGGAUGGAGGAUUGGGGUUUGCAGGAUAUAGUUACAGGUUCUAGUGGUGAUUUUACCAAUAUUUCCAAUACAGACAUUGAUCGGAAAUCCUUUCUUGGGUUCUCGAGCCUUCAGCAAUUUGAUUAUGAGUUCGUUUACGAUUUUCCUAAAAUUUUCGAAGGUGAUGAACUAGAAGAGCUUUACAAGCCAUUUUGUCCGACCGUGGCAAAUUCUGGUCCUGCACAAACUGUUCUUCAAUUUAAAGAAGAAAGUCCUCCAGGAAGUACUGUAAUUCAAGAAAAGCAGGCUCAAUGUUUUCCUUCAGAGACUAGUGAUUCUACUACCAGGGUUACUGCUCAUAAACCAAGAUACAAGAGAAGGAAGAAUGAGCAUAAAAGAAGAGUUGUUCAAGUUUCUGUUGAGGGUAUUUCUUCUGAUGUCUGGGCUUGGCGCAAAUAUGGCCAAAAACCUAUUAAGGGUUCUCCCUAUCCAAGAAGCUACUACAGAUGUAGCAGCUCAAAAGAAUGUAUAGCAAGAAAACAAGUUGAGCAAAGCUGUACAGAUCCCGGAAUGUUUAAUAUAACCUACACUGCAGAGCAUAACCACAGCCAGCCAACUCGAAGAAAUUCUUUAGCCGGUACAAUCCGUCAGAAAUUUCCAGCAUCCAGAAGCCCAAAUAGAAUCAAUAUCAAGCUGGAAAGAACUGAAGAUUCCAUUUCUUGUUCAAAACUUUCUGCUCCAUUUCUGUCUACAGAAACAGAAGCCCUUUUGCCUUCAUCAAUAGAAGAAGAUUUUCUCCAGGCAAAAUGCAAUCAAGAGGGAAAAGAAGAUGAUGAGUUGAUAUUCAGUGAUGAUUUCUUCUCCUGGUUAGAAGAGUUUGAUGGAUUUAAUUCAGAUACAUUGCCUAUCAGCUCCCAUAGCUCAGCACAACAAUUUCCUUUGAGUUCUUGUAGCUAAUAUUAGAAGAUUCUUAACCAAAAUUAGCACCUCUGUAUAACCUGCAAAAGGGCUGGUUAAUUUUAAUGAUGCAGGAUAAUGUAAUUUCAGUUUCUAGAGGUUUUGUUACUCCUUCAUAUCUUUAUUAAUGCAUAAAUGUUGGAAUUCUAAGGAA